AUGAUUAUGGGAGCAGGCGGCGACCCUUUCUGCAAUACAGCAAUAAUCUUUGAUACCGCCUCUCCUGCGGAAGACGACGAUGUAGCCGUGCGCCUUCAUCUCCACGAACACACCCACUCUAUUGAGGCGAAACUCGUCUUUUCACGAACAUUUCUGGGAGAAGACGAUGCAGCGGACAUUGUCAACACAUUCCAGCAGAUUCUGGGUGAAGUCGCUUCCAAGCCAACAGCUCUCAAUUCCGAGCUUCAACUUAUUCAUCCCAUCAGCUCCAGGAAACUUUUCGAAUGGAACUCCAUGGUACCUUCCUCAGUCGAUUUAUGCGUGGGUGAGGUCUUCGAGGAGCAAGCCUACAAUACCUCAACAAAUAUGGCCAUCCACGCCAGUGAUGAGAGUUUCACGUAUGCGGAACUUGAGCGCGCAUCACGAAAGCUAGCGAUAGCAUUGCAGGCAAAGUUUGUCGGUCCCGAAGACGUUGUGUUGCUAUGUUUCCCAAAGUCCGCCUGGGCUGUUGUAGCUAUGAUGGCUGUGGUCAGAGCUGGCGCAACCAUGCUGUUCUUUGAUGUGUCUCACCCAAUAGCUCGACUCCAAGAGAUCCAAAACCAAGUACAGGCCAAAAUCAUGCUGACUGCACCUCAAUACGCCGACAUGUGGGACUGGUCAGGCACAGAAGUCAUUCCUGUGAACUCCGCUUUGCUCGACCGCCUUGAGGAUUACUCACUACUCACAUCAACUGUCAAGCCGAAUAACUCAUUAUACAUUAUCUACACUUCAGGGUCCACCGGCAAACCCAAGGGCUGCUGCAUUGAACAUCGCCAGUUUCUUACCGGCGCAUAUGCCCAGCGAAAGGCCAGUGGAAUGCUCGAUACGGACCGCGUCUUGCAGUUAGCUAGCUUCUCCUUCGACGUCAGCUUGCUUGAGAUCAUGACUUCACUGAUUACUGGAGACGCAUCGCGUUCAAAGGGACCGGCUCACUGCAUUCAGGAGUUUAACGUGACUUGGGCAUUCCUGACACCGUCUUUGGUGAAGUUGAUAAUCCCUGAAACGGUUCCGACCCUGCGUUUCCUCGUCUUGGGUGGCGAAGCGCUGGGUAAAGGCGACGUGGAGACGUGGGCACCGACCCAUGUCCAGCUUGCGAAUGGCUACGGGCCAUCAGAGUGCAGUGUUAAGUUGCGUGGCCUGAGAAUUGAGCUGGGUGAAAUCGAGCAUCAUAUCGCCAAGCAGGAGGCCGUGAGACGAGCCGCCGUCCUGCUACCACGCCAGGGCGCAUGCAAAGACCAGUUGACAGUUGUGCUAUCACUGAGCACAGUCCAUGAGUCGGAGUCGGAAAAAGGGAUACGGCUUCUUGUUGGGUACCGUAACUACGUCGAACAGAUAAAGCAAGAUGUGUCUGUCCAUCUGCCGACCUACAUGGUCCCUUCGCUAUGGGUCAUCGCAAACUCCAUUCCUUUAUCAAUAUCAGGGAAGCUCAACCGGUCAGCCGUCACCCAGUUCAUCAACGAAAUGAACGACGAGAUAUACCAACUUGUCACCGGAGACGCUUCCAUGGCCAUCGCUCCGGCUAGCCCGAUUGAGGAAACUCUCCAGCAGAUUUGCGGUGAGAUCCUUAAGGUGCCGACAUCUAGGAUUCGUCUUGACCGCUCGUUCAUCCACAAUGGUAUGGACAGUAUUCUUGGUAUGCAAUUGAUAUCGAGAUUGAGAUCUGAGGGCAUUGUUGUGACAAUGCAAGACAUGCUCGCGGCCAAGUCAUUAUCGGAGCUGGCUGAGAAGGCACAGACUGGUCAUGCUACCUCUAUCAAGGAUCACCCCGUCUCAUACGAUCUCGCGCGAUUUGAGUCUGAAAUUCUUCCCAGCCUUCAUGUCGAAGAAAAAGACAUUGAGGAGGUAUAUCCUCUCGGUUCGAUGCAACAAGGUAUCCUACUGAGCCAACAACGAGAGUCAGCCAGCUACGAGUUACGGGUCUUGUGUCGCGCAACGCUUCAACACGGACAAGAGAGCAUCGACAUAGACCGGCUCAAAGACGCAUGGAUUAGAGUCUCCAAUCGACAUGCAUCAUUGCGAACCAUUUUUACUCCCAGCAUUUCGGAUGACUCGCCCUGCGACCAGCUUGUCUUGACCGAUGUUGUCCCACACGUCAGUGUCAUCUCGUGUCGCAACGAAGCCGAGACUCGUCAAGCUGUUCAACAAUAUCGCAUCGCCAAUGCCGACAAAGGCCAGAGACCAAGAGUUGAUUUCGUCAUAUACAUGACUGAAGAGAAUUUAUACUGUAUGGCUGCAGUCGACCAUGCAUUGAUUGACGGUGUCUCUGUACUGCUCAUGUUCCGAGACCUCAGUGCUGCGUACUCUGGUGAUCUGGAUAUCACACGCAGAACUAAAUUCUCCCAUUACGUUGGCUAUGCGCAGCAACAAGACAAGUCUAUCAGCAUGUCAUUUUGGAUGCGGCACCUAAAGGAUGUCUCCCCUUGCUACUUCCCGGUCCUCAAUGAUGACGCACACGGUUCAAAUGAGUUGCAUGAACUCACAGCAUCGAUCGAAAAAGGCCUCGAACUGCACGAGUUUUGCCGAAAGCACAACAUCACCGUUGCCAGCCUUCUGCAUUUAGCGUGGGCAAUGACCUUAAGAGCUUACAGCGGUGCUGAAGACGUUUGUUUUGGAUAUCUUUCUGCUGGGCGAGAUCUUCCAGUGCAGGAUGUUGAUGAUGCUGUUGGUGCUUACAUCAACAUGCUAGUCUGCAGACUGGAUUUCGGUGAGCUUGCUUCUAGCGAUCUUCUACAACUUGUAGAGUCGGUACAGCAAUCCUUCAUAAACUCGAUGCGUCACCAGCUCUGUUCGCUGGCUGAAAUUCAGCAUGAGUUGCAGCUUCGUGCUCCACUGUUUAAUACCGUCCUGUCCUUACAAAGCGCCCUGGGAGAAGUAAUUCAAGCGAGCGAGGAAAGCGUGGCUUUCGUGAUCGUGGAUGAAGUGGACUUGACAGAGUUCGACAUCUCGGUCAACAUCGCCGUCACUCGUGAAGAUAUCCACUUGAGCUUCCGCCAUUACAUAUCCAAAAUCAGUGACAAAAUGGCAAUCAACAUCUCAGAAACCUUCCAAAACAUGGUCCGGAUAGUCGUUCAAGACCACGAAAAGCGAAUUGACGAGGUCGAACUCCUCAGCGAAAUUGAUAAACGGCAAAUCCUUUCAUGGAACGAGAAAACUUGGGAAGAUCAUGGAUCUUGUAUACACGACGUCAUCUCUGAGCAAGCAAGACGGAAGCCAACCGCGCUCGCCAUAGACGCUCAUGAUGGCCGCCUGACUUAUGCUGAGCUUGAUUCGAUCAGCUCUAUCCUUGCAGCGUAUCUCAGCGAGCUAGGGGUCGGUCCAGAGACUCUAGUCCCACUCUGCUUCAAGAAGUCCGUUUGGGUCCCUGUAGCACAAAUAGCAGUUUUGAAAGCUGGGGGAGCCUGCGUAUCGAUGGAUUUCACUCAUCCUGAGAAGCGAAGAGGCGAGUUGCUACUGCAAUGUGAUGCAAAGAUCGCGCUCACCUCUCCUGAGCAUGUUCACCUCUUCGAAAAUUUGGUUGGCAAAGCUCUCGCAAUCAGCAAGUCUCUGAUUGAUGAAUUAGUGGGGAAGCAACAUACACUGCCGAAAACCUGGGCACAGCCUAUACCAAGCAAUCCUUGUUUUGUUGUGUUCACGAGUGGUUCAACUGGGAAACCAAAAGGAAUCGUGCUCGAGCACCACGCACUGGCAAGCAGCAGUGCAGCGCACGGGCCUAUCAUGAAGUAUAAUCAACCUGGGGCGCGCAUUCUUCAGUUUGCUUCAUACACCUUCGACGUCAGUAUUGGAGAGACAUUCUCAGGUCUCCAGAUGGGGGCAACAGUUUGCAUCCCUGCCGAGGAAGAACGUCUGGACGAUCUUGCAGGUGUCAUCAACCGAAUGAACAUUAACAUCGCCUACCUGACCCCAUCGGUAGCGAGUCUACUGGAUCCAGCAGAUGUUCCUGGCCUCCGAGUACUUAUCCUAGGAGGGGAGACUGUUCGAGCCGAGAACCUUGCAAUCUGGGCAGACAAAGUACACCUGAUCAAUCUCUAUGGGCCAGCAGAGACAAGUGUAUACUCCACCGGACUCUCUCCCAUCACUCUUGAACAUGCUCCUGGAAACAUUGGGUAUGGCAUUGGAGCGCGGAUGUGGGUUACGGACGCUGGAAACCCAGACCGACUCUGCCAUGUCGGUGAGCUCGGGGAGCUUCUCAUUCAAGGGCCCAUAGUAGCGCGCGGGUAUCUGAACGAUUUUGAAAAGACCUCCACAGUCUUCAUACCGCCGCCUCGUUGGAUGAUUGAAGCGGAAAUACAAGUAUCCCCAUCAGAAAGGAUCUAUCGGAGCGGCGAUCUAUGCCGAUACAACUCCAAUGGUACCCUUAAUAUCGUCGGCCGAAAAGACAUGCAGAUCAAGCUUCACGGGCAGCGUAUUGAGAUGGCGGAAGUCGAGUACAACAUCCUACGAUCCUACAGCAUCGACAAUGCCGUCGUCCUAUACCCUCGAAGCGGUGCACUGAAGGAGCGACUGGUGGCGGUCAUUUCUCUUCGCGGGUCAUCUACCACUCCAGACAACGACAAAGCAAUCCAGCUCAUUGAUCCUUCACAGAACCCCGCUGCAGCUGAGAAGUUAUCAAACGGUAGAUCAUACCUAAGUCAACGCUUGCCAGGCUACAUGAUGCCUUCGGAUUUGGCUGCCGCUCCAGAGGAAGCAACUGCUGCCUCUGAGGAGCAUAAUAAGAUUGCACCUUCUUUGACGUCAAAAGAAACCACUAUACAAGGUGUUGUCGCCGUCGUGCUUGGGCAGAGACAGUCAAAUAUCUCUCUGGAUCAGAGCUUUGUAGGAAUGUCUGGGGAUUCCAUUCAGGCUAUGCAAGUCGCCGCGAGAUGCAGAAAACUUGGGCUUUCUGUCACUGUCAAGGAUGUACUCCUGAGCAAGUCGCUGAGAGACCUUGCGAUGAACGCUCGCCCGAUAUCAUCAGCAUUAGUCAGAAAGAUAGGCAGUGAUGAGCCGUUCGCUUUGCUAGCGGAUGCCACAUUAGAGACGAUCGACAACGAUGUCAAGAACAUCGGCUACUCAGGUUCAAAUGACUUGGAGGACGCUUACCCAGCUAGUCCCAUGCAACAAGGUCUACUCAUUGCACAGGCCCAGGCAAGUGCAAACUACAGGUUCUUUGCGGUCUGUGAAGCAAGUGCACUUAAGACGGGCGUCAAAGUGUCAGUCGAAGGGCUGCGGGCGGCAUGGCAACAAGUGGUCAAUAAACAUACCAUCCUCCGGACCGUCUUUAUCGAAUCAAGCAACCCAGAGCUUGAGGCUUUUACUACUCUCUUCACUCAGACCGUGCUGAAAAAACACACUGCUAGAGAAGCAAAGGUUCAGGACUACCAGGCGCUCCUCAACUACCCUUGGACCAACCCCAUCGACUAUGAAGACGGUCUGCCACCGCACAGAUUCACAGUCUAUGAACGUACUGCAGAUAACAAGGUAUACUUCAACCUGGAGAUCAGCCACACGUUGAUCGAUGGUGCUUCAAUGGCCAUCAUCCUCAGAGAUCUUGUUUCGGCCUACCAAAACGAAAGCGCGGGCCCUGCACCGCCUUACCGCACCUAUAUUUCAAUGCUACUCGAGAACCAAAGCACUCAGAUGGAGAGCUCGCUCACGUACUGGAGUCAGUAUCUUGAAGGUGUUGAGCCUUGCAUCAUGCCCAAGCUCCUGCUUGACCAGACCGCACCGACCCAAAACACUUUAGAGAACGCGAGGAUCACCUUUCCUUCUGAGACUGUGAAAAAGCUUCACGCGUUUUCUAAGGCGAAAGAAGUCACCAUGAGCAGCAUUCUGCAAAUUGCUUGGGCCAUUGUCGUUAGGAGUUACGGCAGCAAUCCCGAUGUUGUCUUCGGCUUCCUUGCGUCUGGCCGCGACGUCGCGAUCGAUGGUUUAGAGAACGCCAUGGGCCCUUACAUCAACAUGCUCAUCUGUCGCGUCGAUGCAAAGUCGUCGAACAAAGACAGCAUACUCACUACAAUCCAAAAGGCACAGAGCGAUUACCUGGAAUCUUUGCCUCAUCAGCAUACUCCGUUGGGUCAAAUCUAUCAUAGAGUUUUGAGAGCUUCUGCAGGGUCGCGCCUUUUCAACUCAGUCGUAUCCAUCCAAAGGCCUCUCUCAACGGAGGAAGAUGGGAAUGACAUCAAGAUUGAAUGUGUACACGCAUAUGACCCGACAGAAUAUGACUGCAGUGUCAGUAUCACAGCCAGUGAAGCAGCUGUUGAGGCAAACAUCAGCUACAUGUCGACGUAUUACACAACUGAGCAAGCCAUGCGGAUCGGAAAGACAUUCUCGAAAAUCCUAAGUGAUAUACUGGAGGACCCAACGGCUCCACUGUCAAGCCUGGAUUUCGUCACACCCGAAGACAAGCAGACCAUAUUGCGACGAAAUAAGGAUGGCGUCGUUCCUCCAGCAGUCCACGACCUCAUCCACGCGCAGGUCGUUCGCCAAGCAGCAGAGCGCCCCGGCGCUCCGGCCAUCGCGUCCUGGGACGGCUCAUAUUCAUAUGGAGAGUUAACUUCCAUCGCAGGUCGUCUUGCUCACCAUCUACGGGAAAAUGGAGUUACAAAUGAGCAGAAAGUACUUCUCGCUUUUGACAAGAGCAAAUGGACCGUCGUAUCAAUGCUUGCAGUUCUCAUGGCAGGAGGCACAUAUCUCUCCAUUGACCCUUCCCAUCCACCCCAGCAUCACCGAAAUAUCAUUGAACAAGCUGAGCCGACCUUACUCCUCACCGGCUCUAAGGUGUAUGCUGAGACGCUCAAAGCCGUCAUUGGAUCUGUCACGAUUGUAGACGAGACUCUAUUGGCUCAAUUGCCGGACCAUUCCGAGCUCCUUUGUGAGACGGCCGUGCCGACAAGCGGAGCCUUCAUUUGCACGACGAGUGGCAGUACCGGCCGGCCAAAAGCAAUCACGAUCACUCAUAGCUCUUUCAGUUCAGUCAUUGGAUAUAACCCUGAGAUGGGCAUCUCAAGCGACUCUCGAGUAUUCCAAUUCGCAAGCUAUACCUUUGACACGUCCAACUCAGAGGUAUGGGCAACGUUAAUGCUGGGUGCAUGUGUUUGUAUUCCAUCGGAGAGCGAGAGAUUGAAUGACACAGCCGGCGCGAUCAAUCGUCUCGGAGUCAAUUGGUCGUUCUUCACGCCUUCUAUGGCACGCUUGCUGACUCCCGCGGAGAUUCCAGGCCUCAAGACACUAUCUUUAGGUGGCGAGCUUGUUCGAGAGGAUGUCUUCAAUACAUGGAAAGACCAUGCACGGGUGACUAACAGCUACGGUCCGGCUGAAUGCUCGGUAUGGACUACUGAUGCUACUGAUGUAACCAAGUUGGCUCCAAUUGGAGUGAUCGGAGAGCUACUGAUUGAGGGCCCGAUCCUUUCGCGUGGCUACCUUGAUCCUCAAAAGACUACAGAGGCUUUCAUUCCACCUCCGCCGUGGCGUGUGCAGGACAACCCGAACACUCGCCUCUACCGAUCUGGAGACUUAGUCCGAUACACUGAAGAUGGUACUGUGGUGGCAGUUGGCAGACAAGAUGGACAAGUGAAGCUUAAUGGACAGCGAAUCGAAUGCUUUGAGAUCGAGCGCCACGUCGCUUCGCAUGACCUCGUUCGCUUUGCGGUUAUAUUCGUACCAAAGAAGGGCAUAUGUCAACGGAAACUUACGGCAGUUGUUGCUCUCCGGGACUUUUCUGAAAGGACUAUGGCAUCUGAGGAGCUGCGUCCAAUUCCCGCUGAGCAUGCCAAAGCCGCAGCUGAGCAGAUCGAAGAAGUCAAGGAGCAGCUUCGAAGUCAUGUGCCUGUAUACAUGGUACCAACAUCAUGGCUCAUCGUGGAGUCAAUGACAUUGACGCCGUCGAAGAAGGUCGAUCGCGUUUCUGUUGCUCGUUGGGUCGAGAUGCUAUCAAACCAAACAUACACGCAAGCUUUGGAUGCUACAGCACCUGCUGAACAAGGGACCAAUUUGAGAAAUGAGAACCUCAGUCCUGAGCUUAAGCUGAUCCAGCGUGUGCUCGCCACUGUCUUCAAUGAACCGCUAGACCAGAUCGAUUUGAAUAAGUCUUUCUUGAAUCUCGGAGGAGACUCGAUCCAAGCCAUUAGCACAGUCGUUCAGUGUCGAAAAGAAGGCCUGGGAUUGACAGUCAAAUCAAUUAUGCAGUGCAAGAAUCUUCAUGAUCUUGCAGCAGCCGCGGAGAAAUAUGAUGGAUCCCAAAGCAUGCAGCAAGCAGAGCUGUUUAACGUCCCCUUUGAGCUGUCGCCGAUACAAAAGCUCUACUUCUCCGAAAUCGCUAACUCGAGUCGGGAGCCGGCAAAAAAUCAUUUCAACCAGAGUUUCUUGCUUGCUGUGACUACCAAGCAGAGCUCAGAUUGUGUUGCGCAUGCUGUACGGCAGAUUGUUGAGUACCACCCACUGCUACGAGCUCGAUACUCUCUCAGAGAAGACGGAAGCUGGACGCAAAUAAUUCCGAAGCAGGUAGAAGGAAAUUUCCACUUCGCAAGCCUUGUUGUCAACUCAGAUGAAGAAGCCCACUCAAUUGCUCGGAAGCAACAAGAACAGCACAAUAUUGAAACCGGACCUGUAUUCGCUGCUGUGCUGCUGAACAUUCAGACUACUGGCAAGCAGCUUCUAUUCCUUACAGCUCACCACCUGGUCGUUGACCUAGUCUCUUGGCGAAUCAUUAUUCGCCAGCUGGAGGAUCUACUGGCGAUCCAGGGAUCACAGCUACCCGCCCCGAAGCCUUUCCCAUUCCAUUCUUGGAUCAAAGCGCAGGCUGGACACAGCGUACAAUCCUUAACCCCCAAAAUUUCUCUCUUCCAUGAAGUACCAGCAGCAGACUACAGCUACUGGGGCAUGCAAGGGGAGCGAAACCUCCGGGCUGAUAUAGCGGAGAUCGGAUUCACAUUAGAUUGCGUGCAAACCGAUGGACUUCUACGAAAGUGUCACUCAGCCAUGAAUACUGAAGCUUUAGACAUUCUACUGGCGGCUGCCUUCUCCUCCUUUGCCGAAGCAUUUGCUCGUGCACCACCAGCGAUCUUCAACGAAGGCCAUGGAAGAGAAUCCUGGGAUGGCUCUCGCAUCGAUGUUACGGAGACUGUUGGCUGGUUCACUACCAUGUACCCUCUACACGUGUCACCUCUGGAGAAAAAUCUCACAGGAACUGUUCAGCAAUUGAAGGAUCAGAGACGAUCUUUGCCGCGCAAAGGCUGGUCUUACUUCAACUCAGCAGUUUCUAACCCGGCAGGUAGAGCCGCGUUUGCGCAGCACUGGCCAGUCGAGAUCUUGUUCAACUAUCUAGGCGUUUAUCGGGGACAAGACCGCCAAUCUCAGUCUGACGAAGAUGGCAGUCUCUUGCAAAUCAUACCAUUCAACCAAGGUGACUUUGGUCCCCAAGUCAACCGGUUCUCGCUGAUCGAUAUCACCACAUACAUCCUUGAAGGGAAGACUUGCGUUUCGCUGACCUAUAAUCGCAAAAUGAAACAUAUCGAUGGGAUUGAGCGCUGGGUGCAAAUGUAUCAACAGACACUCAUCGAUAUGAUCUGCGCACUCGAGCAGUCACCGCGGAUCUUGACCCCAGGAGACUUCCCUCGGCUACAAAACGUAUCGUACGCGAGCUUACAAUCACUCCAGCAGCGUUUCGAGCCUUCCUUCACUCUUAGCAGAAAUAUCGAGGAUAUUUACGCCUGCUCUCCGAUGCAGGAGGGAAUUUUGCUCACACAAAGCCGGGUGGAUGGCGUGUAUCACAUUGAAAUGGUGUUCCAGGUAUCUUCCGUUUCCGGUUCACCGAUUGAUGUGCAAAGACUGGUCAAGGCAUGGCAAGUGGUGGUCGACCGACAAGCGGUGCUCAGGACCAUCUUUGUGGGGGGUCUAUCCGACCGUCCAUACGACCAGCUCCUGCUCAAGGAAUAUUCUCCCCUGAUCAAGUUGGUAACCUCGCCCAACGGAGUCGACGCAGUGAGGUUCUUGAAUGCCCAAACGCAGGUAUUCAGCCCAGACCAGCCCCCGCAUUGUCUGACGGUCUUGAACAACACCGACACGGGCCUCACUCUCUGCAAACUUGAGAUCAGCCAUGCAUUAGUAGAUGGUACAUCGAUGUCCAUCCUUGUCUCUGAUUGGGCAGAGGCUUACCAGAACCCAUCAAAUACAAGUCAGGGUCCACUCUACAGCAAUUAUAUUGGCUACAUUCAGUCGCAGCCUCGAGCCGCUGCAAUAGAUUUCUGGAAGAGCCAAUUAAGCGGCGUCAGGUCUUCUCAUUUCCCAACUCUCACAGAGUCGAGUGUUGAACAUGCAGAAAUCCGGCCCCUUCGCCAGAUCGAGGUCAAACUACCUGAAGCCUCCCGAGUACGCAUCUUCUGCCAAGAGCACAACCUUACUCUGGCAAGUAUCUUCAGGUUAGCAUGGGCAAAAGUCCUCAGGGCCUUCACGGGAGACAAUCAGGUUUGUUUCGGAUACUUGGCCUCUGGCCGAGAAAUCCCUGUCGAAGGGAUCGAAGAAGCAGUCGGAGCAUUCAUCAACAUGCUGAUCUGCUCAAUCGAUUUCGAUACGACCUCGCAGCAAACAGCGAUCCAGUCCUUGGAGAAAUUACAAGACGAAUAUCUGCAGUCUCUCCCAUACCAGCACGUCAGCCUUGCGGAGAUCCAACACGAACUUGGCCUGUCUUCUGGCCAAAAAUUGUUCAAUACCGUGCUCAGCUUCGAGAGACGACCACAUCAGGACUUUUUCGCUGACGACUUACACAUUCAUUACGUCGAUGGCGUGGGUCCGACAGAGUAUCCAAUUUCAGUCAGCAUCUCUGACGACGGUGGCGACAUCCAUGUGCAGAUGAGUUACUAUGCCAACAUUUUGUCGGAUACACAGGCAGAGAGUGUCAGCAACGCCCUUUCAAAUGUUAUCACAUCAAUCCUGGAGAUACCACAAGCUCCAGUCGCUCAAUUAAAGAUGGAAGACGACCAGGACCUAAGACACAUAUCCUCCUGGAACUCAGUCGUACCUGCAGCGGUUGAUAGAUCUGUUCACGCGGUCUUUCAAGAGUCGGUCAAGCGCGCUCCUGAAGCUGUUGCUAUUGAUUCAUUCGACCUUAGAAUUUCAUACAGCGAGCUCGAUUUCAAGAGUAGCAUACUAGCAACUCAGCUUGUGCAACAGGGAGUAAAGGUUGGUGAAUUUGUCCCCAUCGCCUUUGAGAAGAGUGCUUGGGCCAUUGUAUCGAUGCUUGGAAUCAUGAGGGCUGGAGCCGUUUAUGUUCCUCUCGAUAUGGCUCAUCCAGAUGACCGCCUCAAAGCCAUCAUGUCGCAGCUUGGGCAUGUUCGAGUGAUCCUAGCAUCACAUACAAACACGCAGCGAAUGCGGACUUUGGUGGACAGUGUCUUCACGGUUUCCCUGGAGAACUUUGUGGAUACGCACCUGGCGCCAUUCAUACUACCCACUGUCGCAUCUGAGCGGUCUGCUUACUGUCUAUUCACUUCUGGUACCAGUGGUGUGCCCAAAGGUGUGGUCUUGAGCCACCGAGCAGUGAAUAGUAGCACCUUCCAUCACGGAGCACUCAUUGGCUGCAACGACUCCACACGCAUGUGCCAAUUUGCUGCUUUCACGUUCGAUGCUUGUGUCUUGGAGAUUUUCACGACUCUUAUGUAUGGUGGAACUAUCUGCCUUCCUUCAGAGGAAGAAAGGAUGAGCGAUCUUGUCGGCUUCAUCAGCAGGAAACAAGUCAAUACUGCCUUCAUGACUCCGUCUGUUGUGCGCAUACUCAAACCUGACGAUAUUCCUACGAUGAAGACCUUGAUACUGGGCGGUGAAGCCCUUGGGGCUGACAACAUCGCCACUUGGGCAAGUCGACUUCGGUUGAUGAACGGGUACGGCCCGACGGAGACCUGCGUUUUCGCAGUAAUGAAGACUUUCGAAAGUACGACGGACCGAAACGAUGUUCUUGGCAAAGGAGUGGCCUCCCAGACUUGGAUCGUAAAUUUGGACGACCCUAACCAGCUUGCACCGUUGGGAGCCGUGGGGAUGCUUCAUCUUUCUGGACCAGCACUAGCAGACGGUUAUCUGGGAGAUGAGGCGAAAACGGAGGAAGUAUUCUUGGAGAGCCCCAGCUUCAAGCCAGGCGAGAGAGCAUACAACACCGGUGAUCAAGCUCGCUACACAACUGACGGCUCAAUCAUAUACCUUGGCCGAGCUGACCAGCAAACCAAACUUCGCGGACAGAGAAUUGAGCUGGCCGAGAUUGAGGCACAUGCUUUGAAAAAUCUGCCGGGCGCAAGCGGCGUCUGCGUAGACAUCGUGCUACCAGGUGGCCUGCAAGACAAAGCUUGUCUUGCUGCUUUCUUCUGUGUCGACAAGAAAGAUGAAAAUCCUCCAGAGGAAGAUCUGCUUCUGCCUGUAGUAGGAGGCCUUCAGGGUGACAUUGUGCAGCUACAGAGAGCUCUAGAGGCUGUGCUGCCACCGUAUGAAGUUCCGGCUUUAUACAUCCCCGUCAGCAAGAUGCCAACGACUACUGCUGGAAAGCUUGACCGAAGGACACUCCGUGAGGCGAUAGCCACCUUAUCUCAAGAGGAGCUUCUGAGCAUGUACUCACAGACGGAAAGCGCGAAAAAGCCGUUGACAACUGUAGCAGAGAAAACGCUUGCUCUCGCAUGGGCUGAGGUCUUGAAAUUACCAGUCUCCCGCAUCGGACCGGAUGACAAUUUUUUCAGGCUGGGUGGUGAUUCGAUCUCGGCAAUGGUACUAUCCUCAAAGAGAGUUGUGCUCAAGCGCAACUCCGCAAGCUUGUGGUGUAUGGCUUCAACCCUGCAGGAGUAUCUUGAUCAGGACGAAAAGGAUAGCUUCACUUUCGGGUCGCCGUUGUCACGAUACGGCAUCACUGCGGAUGGCCACUUCAUAUGGACAGCACAUCACUCCAUUUACGACGGCUGGACUUUGCCUCUGAUCCUUAAUCAAGUCCGUGCUUUCUACAGGAAUGAGAUAUCGCCGAGCACUCCUGGCUUCAACAGUUUCGUCAGAUAUAUCACUUCUACAGCUCAUGAUGAAGCAAAGGCUUACUGGAAAAAGUCUCUAUCAGGUGGGAAGCCGAUCAUUGCCUACCCAGAACCUCCAGCGGCUGCUCAUACUCACCGCGACAGAGUGGAUGGGGUGGCGCAUCAAGACAUCGCAAUAAAGUUGUACUCAGACGCCGAUGUACCAACAGCGACGCUGCUUAGAGCUGCAUGGGCGUACGUGCUCGCUCAAUACUCUGACGCCGGCGAGGACAACGACAUAGUGUUCGGAACCACCCUUUCGGGCCGCAGCUGUCCAGUUGACGGCAUCACAGAGAUCGCUGGCCCCACCAUCACAACAGUCCCAGUUCGAAUGGGCAUCUCUACAGGAGAGGUCACUGUAUGGGCUUUCUUGAAGGCAGUUCAGGACCUGGCGAUGGACAUGAUGCCGUUCGAGCAUUUCGGUCUGCAGAACAUUGCCAACAUCGAUGCAGACACGGCCGCGGCCGUGCAGUUCCAGAAUCUCUUCAUCGUCCAGCCCAUGGCUCAAAGAUUCGAUAUCAAACCAGAGGAGCUACUUGGUGCGGAAGAAGUGGCUCUCACCCUGAACAGCUUCGAUACGUACCCGCUAGUCUGUGAGUGUAGCCUUUAUGAGGGGGACGUCCGCGUCGAAGUCCGGUUCGAUCAGACUGUUAUCCUAAAAAGUCGAGUGGAAAGAAUUCUCGGUCACUUUGAGCAAAUUGUGUCAUGCUUCCAGCAAGCAACAAAGACGACAAAAAUGCAAGACAUCACCAUGCUUACCGCCGAGGAAAUGAGUCAGAUUCUGGACUGGAAUAACACAUACCCAGAAGUUCUGGAGACCAAUGUACCCGCAGUAUUCGCAGAGCAAGUCAAACUACGACCUGACUCACUUGCAAUUGAUGCAUGGGACGGUAAAGUCACUUACGCUGAGUUGGAUCGCCUGUCGAACGCACUAGCUACAAAGCUAAACCAGGACUACGGGAUAGGCCCGGAAGUCUUGGUCCCACUAUCCUUCCAGAAAUCUGUAUGGGCGGUGGUAACCCAACUGUCCGUCAUGAAGGCGGGCGGUGCCGUUGUCAACCUAGACCCAGCUCAACCCAUAGACCGUCUUCAGCUCAUUCUCGACGAUACUGAAGGUAAAGUCCUUCUGGUAGCUUCUCACCUCGCAGAGAAGUUCGAAAAUCUAGCCGGCCUGACGACAAUCGCUAUCGACGGGCAGUACCUCUCCAACCUGCCUCUUACAGGACCGAUUUCUCUACCUCUCAUCAGCCCUGAAAAUCCAGCCUACGUUCUGUUUACUUCUGGAUCGACCGGAGCUCCCAAGGGGAUCGUCAUCGAGCAUCGCAGUCUUUGCUCCAGCAGCAAGGCGCAUGGAACGGUCUGGGACAUUGGGCCGUCGACUCGCCUUCUCCAAUUUGCAGCGUACCAGUUCGAUGUCUCAGCAGCUGACAUCUUCACCACCCUUCAAAGAGGUGGCUGUAUUUGUGUGCCAUCUGAAAACGAACGUCUCAAUGAUCUUGCAGGCGCCAUCAACCGAUACCAGUGCAACUGGGCUUUCCUGACUCCCACGGUCGCAUCACUGCUGUCGACUGAGGGUAUCCCUAGCCUUCGGAAACUUGUUCUUGGCGGCGAAGCUAGCACUAGAGCCAUCGUCGAAAAGUGGCACAGUGUACUGGACCUUAUUGUGUGCUACGGACCAGCUGAAACUACAGUAUACUCCUCGAGCGCACCACCUGCAACAGCUUCGAGUGAUCCAGCUGAUAUCGGAUCUCCCAUCGGUGUGCUGAACUGGAUCGUGGAUCCUACGGAUUACAACAAACUUGUGCCUAUCGGGUGCACGGGUGAGCUACUACUGGAAGGGCCUACUGUCGCCAGAGGGUAUCUACAUAACGAAGAGAAGACAGCAGCUGCAUUUGUUACUUCUCCUGCUUGGGCCAAGGGUGGCGACAAGCCCAAAAGAUUCUACUGCACGGGAGAUCUGGUCCGGUACAACGAAGACGGAACGAUACAUUUCGUUGGACGCAAAGACACCAUGAUGAAGAUCCGCGGUCAGAGAGUCGAGGCUGGUGAAAUCGAACACGUCAUCCGCUCGAAACUUCCUACACUGGAGCAUCUUGUUGUCGACUCUGCUCGCCCAGAGAGCCUUGAUAGCCGGACUGCAUUGAUUGCAUACAUCCAACCCAGCGCUACGGCGGAUGAAGAAACUCGCAUUCUUCCUCUGGAUCCGAUCAAGGAAGACCUGGUGGCAUUGCAAACUUCGCUCUCGAAGGUCUUGCCACACUACAUGCUACCCAACUACUUCAUACCCAUUUCCCGUGUGCCGCUGACGAUGAAUGGGAAGACGGACCGCCGCAAGCUCAAGGAACUGGUCUCAACACUGACCAGGGAGCAGCUGUUCGAGUAUGGUCUACAGACCUCGGCGGGAGAGAAGAAGCAGCAGCCAUCAACUCAAACGGAACAUGUCCUGCGCGACAUCUGGGCUCAAAUCCUGAGCGUAGACGCCGAGACGAUUGGCACCGAAGACCAGUUUUUCCGAAUCGGUGGCGAUUCGAUUCUUGCUAUCAAGCUGGUAUCGGCAGCAGCGGAAAGAGGCAUCCAACUGUCAGUCACAGACUUCUUCACGUGUCCUGCUCUGUCGGACAUGGCCAAGGUCCUCGAUGGACGCACAAGCAUAGAGGAGAAAGAGGAUGUUGCGCCGUACAAGUCAUUCUCUAUCAUCACGAGCCAGCUACGCAUCAAGCUGAUACAGCAGCUGGCGGCGCAGAUCAAGACUACUGAGGACAACAUCGUCGACGUUCUGCCAGCAACAGACUUCCAGAAGAACGCGGUUGCGUAUGCCAUGAUGAAGACUCGUGGGUUCAGAAAUUAUCUCUGGGUGGACCGCAAUGGCAAUGCGGACACCAAGCUAAUCACUGCCGCUCUCAAAGGAUUCGUUACUCAGCACGAGAUUCUUCGUACGGUAUUCACCGUACAUGGAGCAGAUAUCGUGCAGACGGUGCUUCGGGACCUACCGUACGAGAUCGAAUGGCACGAGGCCGCAGACGACAUGGAACCGCUCACCAACCAGAUCUGCAAACAUGACACCGAGCACCCAGUGGUGAUGUCUGAUCCGCUACUGAAGUUCUUCGUAUCCGAGUCCAAACUCUCAUCCAUGGCACCGUACUUCCGCUCACCAGCAUCCUCGCCAGCCACGCAAUCCUCCGCCGCAGAACACUGGCGUUCCCUCCUUCGCGGCUCAGUCAUGGCUCCCAUCGUCAAACACACCUCCGCAAAGCCGUCAUAUAAAAACAUCUACAACACGCACCUCACCCGCACCAUCCCCACCCCGUCUGCCCUCACCGCCUCGCACGGCAUAACCUUUGCCACAAUCCUCAAACUCGCCUGGUCCCUCACGCUCUCCCACCUCUCGUCCAGCCCGGACAUAACCUUCGGGCUCGUCGUCUCCGGCCGCCCGCCAUCCCUCACAUCCCUGAUCGGCGCGUGCAUAAACAUCGUCCCCGUGCGCAUCCACGUGCGCGAGGACGCCUCGAUCCUCGCGCUGCUGCAGGACUUGCAGGCGCAGCACGCGGCGAGCUUCCCGUUUGAAGCGGCCCUCGGCACACGCUCCAUCAUCCGCGAGUGCACGGCGUGGCCGGCCCACACGCGUUUCAGCAGCAUCGUGCAGCACCAGAACAUCGACGAGGAGAGCGAGGCCGGCGAGAUGGGCGCGUGGUGUCCCGCGGCUGACGAGGCGGAUGUCGCGAUCAAGACGACGCCGAAGCAGGGCGGAGAGGUGGUGGAGGUGAUGAUGAUAUGCUCGGAUGUGUUGGUUGGGAGGGGGGAGUGGGAAGGGGUUUUCGAUGUGUUAUGCGACAUGAUCGCGAGAGUUGGUGGGGCGUGGUAG